AACAGCUCCACUCCAGACAGACUCGAGAGCGCCGCUAGGAGCGAGGCAGGUUGAUUUUUUUUGUCUUUGGGAACCCCACCGGCUACUACAGACAAUGAUGAGUCGGUGAAAGUGCCGUUUAUCAAAGUGAAUAUCGCGUAUUUCUUCCUCCUCCUUCCUCUUCUUUAUAAAUCCUGUACGACUGGGCAAUCGAAAUGACGACGACCACCAAUUAUCAAGGGAUGGAGCCCGGCUCAAAGAGCAGCUCGAGAGUUCUGCGCCCUCCUGGUGGCGGCUCCAACAUUUCGUUUGGUGCAGAUCAGGAUAAGCCCCCUGUCAAGAAAGACAAGAUGGCCUCCAGUGUUUUUGCUGAACCGGAGGACCUCUAUGCUAAUCGAAGGAACAACCCACCAGGGGGCAGUGCUACAGGUGUGCUGUGUGGUGAGCCAUCGGCCCCUUUGAGAAGAGGAGGAAAUCAAACCACCAACUCUGCAGACGCUGCCACUACAGAUGGAGAAAAUUAUGCGCACAGUAACGAAAACUGUGUGGCGGCUGAGCCCGAAGCGGCCCCGGCGCCGCAGGAAGAAGCCCCUCCAGCUGAGGAGUCCGCUGCAGGAGGUGCGUCCGGCCGCAGGAAUCCUCCCGGGGGCAAGUCCAGCCUUAUCCUGGGUUAAAUCCACCGCCAACUCCCCCCCUCUCCUCCUUUACAUCCUCUCAUCUCUGAACUCAUCAACUCUUUUGGUUACCAAGGAAACCCCCAGCCCAUUUUGUCUGUACCGCAGGAACCCUAUCUGACGUCUGCCGGACAUCCAGUCUCCUCCAAGUGCAUUGUUUUGAUACCUCUUUUUUUAAAAACUGUUUUGUACUGUUUUUAUUGUUUGUUUCUUUUUGACAGAAGCACUUUAUGUAACUCUAAUUACAUGGUUCAAAGUCUGCCUUCUACCCGUCUGUAUUUGCAUUUGACCUGGCAAAAAAAAAAAAAAAAA